AUGUGCUAUGAUCAUCUAGUUAAUUCUGUUUCCGGACUUUUUCCAGAGGAACAGAAGAAACUGAAUAUAACCAGAGAGGAGAUUCGUCAGACAGUCCUUCACAGUGUGACGAAAGCCCGCGAUUAUCUGUUCGAACUCGACCCUACUAUUCGAAAGGAAAAGUUGGAUGUGAAGUUCAGUGUCAUCAUCGAGAAACCUACUGAAGAGACUCACAUUCCCAUUUCGAUUCUCAUUCAGCCCAUGACGAAGUGUCAUUCUCCCCCAAUCAUUUGUGAUGUGUACAACGUGGUUCGCCAGAACGCUCUGGUGAAAGACAGCUUCUGGGUGCGUCAGAGAGAAGCCUAUUACGAGAAAAGCGGCCCCUCUGUCGAAGAAAUCCUCCUCUGUGAGAACAACGAAAUCUUCGAAGGAGGCCAGUCGAACUUCUUCAUGGUGAAGGGAGAUACCGUGUAUACGCGAGGAGAAGGCGUUCUCCAAGGCACUGUGCGCAGUAUGGUGAUCAAUCUCUGCCAAAAGCUCGGCAUUCCGCUAUCGAUGGAGGCUCCUUUGUUGAGCGAGAUUUCGUCGUGGGAUGCGUGUUUCUUGACGAGCACGAGCAGAUUCUUAAUGAAUAUCGACAGAGUGCGCGUAGGAGUGAAAUGGAGAUGGAUAAUGAGUAGAAGGAUGGAGUGGUUCUGA